UAUAAACGCCUUUCAGAGGCGAAAAAACUUUGGAAAUACGACACCUACCAGGCUGUAAAGUAUCGCGUCCUCGAGCGUUCCCUGCGACACUCUGGACUUUACUACUAUCUGCAGGUGGAUCUCCUGUUCUCCUG